UUUCUGGCCGCCGCUCUGAGCCCUUACCUCGGAGCCGAGCGCGGCUCGAGGCGGAGCCGCCGCCGGCGCCGGCAUCAUGGUGUUCUACUUCACCAGCCACGCUGAUUCAUCUGUUUACACCAUUUAUAUGGGAAAGGAUAAAUAUGAAAGUAAGUUUACAAAGCAUUUGAUUUUGAAAUUUCCAACAGAUGAAGAUCUAAUAAAAUACGGCUGGCCAGAAGAUAUUUGGUUUCACGUGGACAAACUCUCUUCAGCUCAUGUGUACCUCCGGCUGCACAAGGGGGAAAGGAUAGAAGACAUUCCAAAGGAAGUGCUGAUGGAUUGUGCACACCUUGUGAAGGCCAAUAGUAUUCAAGGCUGCAAGAUGAACAAUGUUAAUGUGGUAUAUACACCGUGGUCUAACUUGAAGAAAACAGCAGACAUGGAUGUGGGACAGAUAGGAUUUCACAGGCAAAAGGAUGUGAAAAUUGUAACAGUGGAGAAGAAAGUAAAUGAGAUUCUGAACCGAUUAGAAAAGACCAAAAUAGAACGUUUCCCAGACCUAGCAGCAGAAAAGGAAUGCAGAGACCGAGAGGAGAGGAAUGAGAAGAAAGCUCAAAUUCAAGAAAUGAAGAGGAAAGAGAAAGAGGAAAUGAAGAAGAAGAAGGAAAUGGAUGAACUUAGGAGUUAUUCUUCACUAAUGAAGUCUGAGAAUAUGUCUUCAAAUCAGGAUGGCAAUGAUUCAGAUGAAUUCAUGUGAAUGAAGAAAACGGACUUUUGUCAAUUUUUGGACAGAUACAGACAUUUUGCUUUUCGGAUGUGUUCUGCAUACCAAAAAACUCACCUAAAACCUACACGAAUAUCAUUAACUUUGGAGAUUUGAGAACUUGAUUCAGUUUUUGUUUGUGGAAAACGAUCCCAUGUAUAACACUGGAGCUUGGAGACAGGGAGGAUUUAGCUUUAAGAAUGAGGAAAUGUUUGUACCAGAAGAACAUGUCUUGGCUCCUCAUGAGAGUUGGCUCUCCUUGCUCUUGGGAUAGGUUUCCAAAAUAACUAAUUUGGGGAAGUAUUUGUAUUGCUGUGUUAUUUCCCUGGAAAAAAAAAAAAACCCCAACAUAUCAUAGAAGACCCGCCUAUUUUGUAAAAUUCACCUCCUGUGUAUGUUUUGUAUGGUAGAAUGGGGCAUUUGGAGAGAAUGUUUUCUCACAUUCACCAUUUAGAAAUGGAUAUGUAUGUGGUUUGAAAUGACAGGAAUUUGGGCCUGUGCUUUUUUGAACUAAGGUAAUUAAGAGGGACUUGAUUACUCUUUAUAUUGCUCACCUUGUUCAAGAAAAGAUUUAAUAUGCAUGUUCCGUUGUCAUUUCUUAUCCUAUCAGCCUAGUGAUCCUGUGAUCUCUUAGUCAAACUCUGGGUUCUAGCUUUUUUAAGACAAAGGAAGUCAUCCAUUGACCAUCAUAAUACUAUUAUAUUAAAAGGAACAGUCAGUGAUCCUUGAGAUUGGAAUUCAUGCCAGUUUGCAUCAGCAGACGCUCAACUCUGGCCACACAUACAGAUUCUAGGCUUUCUUCUUAUCAUUGGAGUAUCUGAGACCUCAGUCUUAUUUGCCCUAGUCUGGUUUAAUGAGGCAUGCCAUCCACCCAAAAAACCUUCCUUGUUUCUGGGGUUUUUUAAGUGCAAUGAUCUCUGUCCUCUCUGAAUAUGCUUCAGGAUCUAUUAUUUUAAAAACCCUAUGGCAACCAAAGCAUGAUGAUAGUAUUAGGGAUUUACUAAGAGCAGCUAGAUAACAUAGUAGUGGGAGGGUGGUGCUGUCCAAACCUCUUUCUAGGGCUGUAAUCCUCAUUUCAAAGGGGAGCCUUGUCUUUAGGGUUCUUGCCCAGUGAAUAUAGCACAAUGCGGGUAUGAUACCAGAAAAAAAAAUUGGAAAUUUAAUGAGUUGAACAAUCAAUGGGCCAGCUUUGUUUUCUUGAAGUAGUAGGAUUGCUCUUUAUAGUUGUAACACCAGACUCUAGAUUUCUCCCUUGAUCUGGAAUAAAAGCCUAGGUAGUUUUUAGGUAGGUUCUUAGAAUUGCAUCAUCUUAUGUCUUAAUGACUUUAGUGAUUUUAGUCCUAUAGAAACAAUGAAAGAGAAAACAAAAACUACAAGGUAGCAGUAGCCUAAGUAAGUUUACCUUUUAGCCUGUGCCUGCCCAGACUUUCACAUUUACUGACCCUGUGCCCUAGGCCAGAAAAGCCUUAACCUAGAAGAAGUACUACAACUUAAAGCAAUUCUGAGCAUCUUUAGAGGCCAUUUGGGCAGAGUGAUUUGGAAGACUUGUUUGUGUGUAUUUCCAAGGUGAUGUGCAAAUAGGACAGGAAAAAUUAAUGUCAUUCCAGAUUACUGGGCAGAACUUGGGAACAGGGGCUUCUAGAAAGUAGUGAUUUCUUAUGUAAUCUUUCCCCUCCUCUAAACACAGUCUUUUACCAUUAGAAAAGAAUAAAAUAUCAUCAUUGAAUGUGAAAGAGCAAUAACAUUCCAAGUACCCAUGGUAUUGUUUAAAAAGUGGGGAGUCCCACUCUCAUCCAUCACAUAUUGACAAGUCUUUGGAUGCUUCAAGGUACUAUCCAGCUAACAUACUACGAUCCAAACAAUUCUGGUUUCCUCUACUAUUUGUCUUUAAUUACUUUCCAGUGCUAUUCCCCACACUCUUUGCCCAAGGAAUUUCUCUUUUUAACUGACCCUCUAGGAUUCAGAAUGUCUCCCCUUUUACUUUUUUCCUGCUUUGUCCACUUCUGUACUAAAACUGUAGUCAACCAAUUUAAAGUGCAUAUUGAUGCUUUUUACUAGUUUGAGAAUAUUGAAGUUGUAUCCAUUAAUAUUCCAAAAGAUAAAUGAUUUCGUUGGGGUAGAUAGUUCCAACGUGAGUUCGUCUGGCCUUGUCUCCUGACCUUCUGGUGAUGAGCUUCUCCAAACCUAGCCAACUUCUUUCUCAAAUGAGAGAGAAAAGUAGGAUUCUAGGCCUGUGUUUAAAGCCUUUUCAUCUUGGGUAGACACUGUCAGAGCUUGUUCUGCUCAUGUAGCCUUUGAGAAGCUAAGGUGGCUUUCACAUCAGAGUUAGGAUUAAAUUAGAACUUUCAGUAGGGGAAACUACACAGAUGAGGUAAAUUGUAGUUACAUAGAUUCAUGUUGUUCAUUUUGCCAGUUUAAAACUCUCUAAUAAAUUGCCUUUUUCUUUGCCUUUCUAGACA